AUGCUUCUCGUGGUCCUCGCGACUCUUUUCGUCACGGUUGCCGCCGAAUGCGAUCUAUCGGGAAUCGGCGGCGCGUCGUCGAAAGAAUUGGGUCAUCGCGUCUGCAAACUUGAGGAGGAGAUGGCAGUUGUCGAGCGCGCACUGCAAGAGGUCCUUCAACGCAUCGACUUGACGAUUGCUGACGAAAGCCGAUCAAUGGAGAAGCGUAAGAAUGAGUUCAUCCGGUUUGGAAAGCGCAGCGGAGAACUUGAGAAGGGAAAAAACGAAUUCAUCCGAUUCGGAAAACGAAGCAACGAUUUUAUUGGAUAUGUCAGCCCAACUCUUAUGGAUGACCAAACAAUGGAGAAGAGAAAGAACGAGUUCAUCCGUUUUGGAAAGUAG